AUGACUGAGUUUGAUAGUACGGGACGGCCGUUGCGAUUGUAUUUUGAACAUCUUCUAGGCGGAGAUGUCCGCAUUCUGCAAUCAAUCGGAUUGUAUUCAAUGGGUAGUAUUCUCACGCAUCGUGAACCAAAAUGGGCUUAUUGGGAAGUAAUACCUAUUGCCCUCGUGAUACCUGGAUUAUGUUUUGGCGUGGUUUGUAAUAUAAACAACAUCAUCAGACUUUUGAAAACUGAUCACAUGAUGACAAUUGAAUUCGCUGCCACUACGCUCACCGCUGUAUUAAGUACAUUUAAAGGUUGUCGAUUAUUCGUUCAUCGACGAGAAUUUUACUUCUUGAUAAAGACAUGCCACAUUCAUUGGAAUGUUCAGGUGUCUCGCAAUACACUAACACAAAGUAUCGUGGAAAUUGCGAGAUUAGCCCGUUUGUUUAGGAUUUAUUAUGGUACCGUGGUUAUCAUAGCUUUCUCAGCAUUUGUAGUACAGCCAUUGGGGGCAUACAUUCUGAACCCUCCGUCUAGAUCGAAUGAAUCGAUUGUGUUUACAAAAACUAUCUAUCCAGCUCGUUAUCCUUUUACCUUAAAUUCGAGUAGAGCAUUCUUCAUUUGUUUAGCCUUAGAAACGAUAGGAAUGUAUUUUAUGAUGCUACAUUGGAUAGCAACGGAUGGACUUUUCACCCAAUUCACAACACAUUUAUCUCUUCAUUUUCAAAUACUUUCGAAUCAGAUUCGUAGAAUAUGUCCUAGUACAACGAUUUCGCCAUCGAAUUCAACUACAGUUUCGAAGCGCUUGAAAGCACUUAUCGAAGAAUAUAUAGAAUUGUUUAAAUAUGUCAGGUCGUUGGAAAAAUUGUACAAUCCAAUAAUAUUCGCCACCGUUUUAGUCAACGCAAUAAUUCUUUGCACCUGUCUUUAUAGUAUACAAUAUAACAGUGCAAAGAAUAAUUGGGAGGAUGUUGAAAAAAAUCUGUUGCACGCAUUAGGAGUAUCUUUACAAACUUUGAUGUUCUGUACUUGUGCUGAACGUUUGAACAAUGAGGCAAUUAGAAUUGCUGGAGUUCAUCAAGCAGCUUAUGAUUGUCCAUGGACUGCAUUCAGUUCACCGAUAAAAUGUUCAAUUCUAAUGAUGAUGACAUUGACACAACGGGAAUAUGUAUACUCAGCGUACGGUUUCAUUCAUUUGAACAUGCCUCAAGUUACCACGAUCUUUACUGCGGCCAUGAGAUACUUCACACUAUUGAGGAGUAUUACUUAAGAACGUUCAACCGUUCUAGUAAACUAUUUAGAUGGAAAUGAAAAAAAUUUAUGAAUAAAUCAUCCAAGAGAGAUAUAUUCAUUUGUUAAGAAGCACAAAAAUUACGGGAAGGGUUGAUAAGUACUACAGAAUUUGUAACUGGGGUGAUAAUUAAGGGCCUAUUUCUCACCACUACCAAGGGAUUAUCUGAAAAAAUUUCAAUGUAGGAAAUAAUAACGAGGAAUUAUGGACAGCAAAGAUGGAAUAAUCAGUAUUAAUUUCUUUCGCGAAUCAAUAUUAA